AUGUCUUUCAACCACACCAUGAUCCCUUCCGCCAACAGCUCCUCCAGUGGGGCUGUUGAAAGCGGCAGGGCUCCGACCAUCCCCACCAUCAUGUUCAUCUUCGGCGUGGUGGGCAACCUGAUUGCCAUCGUGGUGCUUUGCAAGUCCCGGAAGGAGCAGAAGGAGACCACUUUCUACACCCUGGUGUGCGGCUUGGCGGUCACCGACCUCCUGGGCACCUGUCUGGUCAGCCCAGUCACCAUCGUCACCUAUCUGCAGAAUAAAUGGCCCGGGGGUGACCAGCUGUGUGAGUACAGCUCCUUCAUCCUCCUCUUCUUCGGGUUGUCUGGACUCAGCAUCAUCUGCGCCAUGUCCAUUGAGAGGUACCUGGCCAUCAACCACGCUUACUUCUACAACCACUACGUGGAUAAGAAGUUGGCCGGGCUGACCCUCUUUGCCAUCUACGUUUCCAACGUCCUCUUCUGCGCUCUGCCUAGCAUGGGGCUGGGCAAAACCACCCUGCACUACCCCCAUACGUGGUGCUUCAUAGACUGGCGGACCAACGUGUCCACCUACGCCGCUUACUCCUACAUGUACGCCGGCUUCAGCUCCUUCUUGAUCAUGGUCACCGUGGUCUCCAACGUCUUGGUCUGCAUGGCGCUGAUCCGCAUGCACCGCCAGUUCAUGCGCCGCACCUCGCUGGGGACGGACACCGCCUGCAGCCGCUUGUCAGACUUUCGCCGGCGCAGGAGCUUCCGACGCAUGGCUGGGGCAGAGAUCCAGAUGGUUAUUUUGCUUAUUGCCACCUCCUUGGUUGUGCUGAUCUGCUCCAUACCUCUAGUGGUGCGCGUCUUCGUGAACCAGCUCUACCAGCCGCCUGUAGUGAGGGCCAUCCAGCAAAACCCAGACCUGCAGGCCAUCCGCAUCGCUUCGGUCAACCCCAUCCUCGACCCCUGGGUCUACAUCCUGCUUCGCAAGACGGUGCUGAGCAAAGCCAUCGAGAAGGUCAAGUGCCUCUUCUGCCGCAUCGGAGGGGCCCACCGGCAGCACUCGGGAAGCAACUGCACCGACGGCCGCAGGGCCUCCGCCACCACGGCCAACCACUCGCCGUCCUUCAUCUCUCGAGAACUGAGGGAGGUCAGCAGCACCUCCCAGACUCUUCUUUACCCCCUCGAGCCGAGCGAAGGCGGCGCUGGAGGGCGUAUGCUCUUGCCAGGAGCCAGCAGCAGCCUGGCCCAGUCAGACACUACGUCCAUAAGGACACUGAGGAGCUCGGAUACGUCAGACUCUUCACAGGGGCAGGACUCCGAGAAUGUGUUGUUGGUGAACAAACUCCGGCCUGACGGGAAGACCGGCGCCGCCGCCUCCAAAGGCAGCUCUCUGCAAGUGACCUUCCCCUGUGAGCCACUGAACUUGUCCGAGAAGUGCAUAUGA